GAUAACCCCCCGUGCGUGCAGCAGAAGUGGUGAAAGCCUCUACGUACUGGCUAAUGAUUGGCACGCUUGACAGUGAUUGGCAGGGCUGCCAUGACAACCCUACAACGACACCAAGGAGACCAAUAGAAAAGCGAAACAAAAUAUUUCAAUGCUACACUCACGGCGGAUUUUAGGGGGAGAUAUUAUGAGGCUUGGUGUCAUUAGGCGAUAGCUAUUGAAUCAUUCAAUCUGCACUUCGGCGUUCCCCUUUUUUCCUCGGUAAUUUUCUUUCUCUCUCAGGUCAUUUCCAUGGUUUUCAGAUCGCCUUUAGAGCUUUAUCCCUCCCAUUUAUUCCUGCCAAACUUCGCUGAUCGCCCCCUGCUCCUGGCGAACAGCGCGCCCAGCGCCAGGUCUCCCGAAGACUUGUCCAUGUUUCAGCUACCGACCCUCAACUUCUCUGCGGAGCAGGUGGCGAGCGUCUGCGAGACGCUGGAGGAGACGGGCGACAUCGAGCGGCUCGGGCGCUUCCUGUGGUCGCUGCCCGUAGCGCCGGGCGCAUGCGAGGCCAUCAACAAACACGAGUCCAUCCUGCGCGCGCGGGCCGUGGUUGCUUUCCACACAGGAAACUUCCGCGACCUCUACCACAUACUAGAGAACCACAAGUUCACCAAGGACUCACACGGAAAGCUGCAGGCGAUGUGGCUCGAAGCGCAUUACCAGGAGGCCGAGAAGCUGCGCGGGCGCCCGCUCGGUCCGGUUGACAAGUACCGCGUGCGAAAGAAGUUCCCGCUCCCUCGAACCAUCUGGGACGGCGAGCAGAAGACGCACUGUUUCAAGGAGCGGACGCGCAGCCUCUUGCGGGAGUGGUACCUACAGGACCCGUACCCGAACCCGAGCAAGAAAAGGGAACUGGCGCAAGCCACUGGACUCACUCCUACACAAGUCGGGAAUUGGUUUAAAAACCGGAGGCAAAGAGACAGAGCGGCGGCAGCCAAAAACAGGCUCCAGCACCAAGCAAUAGGGCAGAACGGCAUGCGCUCUCUGUCGGAGGCCGGCUGCACCCCCCACAGCUCGGCAGAGUCCCCAUCCACCGCGGCCAGUCCCACUACCAGCGUGUCCAGCAUGACGGAGCGCGUGGACACGGCCACGUCCAUCCUCUCAGUAACGUCGAGUGACUCCGAGUGCGACGUAUGAUACGCAAAGAGAGUUAUUUUGCAGGGAAUAUGGACCUGAAUAAACUUUAUAAAAUAUCGGGAAGAUUUAAAAAAUGGACCAAGUGAUAAUUAUUAAGAGAAAAAAAGAAAAGAACAACAAAAAAGAAAAGCACGUCUUUUUUUCAAGCGCUUUCAAUGGACCCCACGCCUUUCCCUACCCCCAUCACUUGCAUGAUUUAUCAAUAGCCUUUUUUCUUUUUUUAUAUGAAGGAAACUCCCUUCGCUUGAUUUCUGCCAGGACCACCGAGAAGAGGGAAUUACUAAUUCGGUGUCCAUCGCCUGUGUUUACACACACGCACACACACACACACACACACACACACACACAAACAUUCGUUUUAAUUUAUUUUUUUAUUUUAUUUUUUAUUUUUUUUGUCUGAGUGAUGACACGCAGCCAGGAUGCAAUUCCUUUUUCCUUUUACUUUCAUCAGACAAUCAUUUGAGUCGUAAGCACCUUUUUAUUACACUUCUGUCACUGCCUGUGUGGGGUACUGGUUUAAAAAAUGUGGAACUGAAUCGUUAUGACUGUAUCAGAUUUUUAUUUUUAUUUCGAGAUUUUAUAUUGAAUUAUGUAUAUCUUAAAUGAUGCGAUCAUUCUCCCAGUCUGUAAUAUAUGUGUAGAAAUAUGCCUGUAUAUAAUAUUGCUCUACGUCUCCAUUGUCUUUUCUAUCCCUGUUCACUUUUCUUGACUUGGUGUUCAUAAACUCUUUGUCAAAAGCGUAACUAUUAAGUGCUCUAGGCGUUUGGUUUCUCUGUUUUUAUACCUUGGAAGAACGUGACGAUAAUGGAUUUUCAGUCGAGAAUUUAUGCAAAAAGAAAAGUAACAAAAAAGAGGGAAAAACACAUGGGGAUAUUGUCGACUGAUCCAGCCAACUUCGUGUUUAGCUUCGAGCGCUUAUUAUUCACUGUUUCUUUCUUGCGUGUUUAUGUUAAUGUAUACAUUUUUAAGCUAAAAUACAGUAUUUCAUUUUGCUAUGAAA